AUGAGCUCCCAAGAACCCAAGGCCCAGUUGGAGCCGAUCCAAAAGGUCGACGGCUCCGCCACUGCCAUCGAGGUUGACCAUACCCAUGAUCCUGUGGCAUCUGGCGCAGAUUUUGACAAUCAGAGCCCCUGGAACUUUUUCCUUAUCCUCUCUUGUUUCACUGUGGGCGCAUCAUCUGUCUUGUUUGGCUACGAUGACAAGAUCGUGUCCCCAGUCGCCGCUAUGACGCCUUUUGUGGAGCGAUUCCAAGGGCUUGAUCCCAGCGUUGAAACGCCCAUCCUAACCUCCAAAAACCAAACACUCGUUUUUGCAGUACCCCUGGUUGGUGCCAUUGUUGGCGCAAUCAUUGCAUCACCACUGACAACCAAGUUCGGUCGCAAAUGGCCCAUCGUGGGCUGUUAUGCCCUGUCGUAUGGUAGCACGUUUAUGCAGACGUUCGCACCCAAACUUGCUGCUUUUGUCGUCGGAAGAUUCAUCAACUCCAUCCUUAUGGCCAUUGCUAUGACAAUCACCCCUCUAUACCUGUCUGAAUUGGUACCUGCCAAGUAUCGUGGACGGGCUGUGACCUCCGCCAACAUCUUCAACCUGAUUGCUGGCGUCAUUGGAACUGUCAUUGCCAACGCGACACACUCCAUGGCUGGAUACGCCUCGUACCAGAUCCCCAUUGGAGCGCAAGCAGUCAUGCCCACUUUCCUUAUCCCUCUUACGGCUCUCAUACCUGAGAGCCCGCUCUGGCUUGUUACUAAAGGCCGGGAUGAGGACGCCCUUGUUAACCUCAGCAAGCUGCGCCGAUACGGAUCACAGCUCAUCGCCGAUGAGCUUCGAAUCAUGAGAUUAACCCACGAGCGUGGCCAGGAACUGUCGAAAGGCGCCACUUUCUGGGAUCUGUUUGACAAGAACAAUAUCCAACGUACUCUUGUUGCCGGUUCCAUGUUCUCAGUGAACCAGGUCACUGGUAUUAUCUUGUCCACUACAUACGCCACUGUCUUUCUUACACAGCUGGGUGUUGGAAAUGCUUUCCAGUUGACUAUUGCUUCUUCAUGCUGCACUCUUGCCGGAACCAUCAUCGCCCCUUGGACCGUGGAUAAGAUUGGUCGUCGACCUACCGCUCUGAUCGGAAUGAGCGUGCUCAUGGUCAUCGAUUUCACAUGCGGAGCUCUCGCCUUCUUCACCGACAAGAAAGCCAACGUCACUGCCAUUGCUGCCCUAUCCUUCAUCUUGAACACCUUCUGGGCUGCGUCAUUCUACCCUCUGUCUCUCGCCCUCCCAGCCGAGAUUCCCACACCGCGCCUCCGUAACUUGACGUCUGCUUACACCAUUGGCUGCUCCUACGUCACAGCGGUUCUUACGACGCUGGUUGUGCCCCAGCUCACGUCUGCCGAUGCUGCCAAUCUUGGAGCCAAGACGUACUUGGUAUUUGGAGGUCUGGUGGCUAUUAUCCUUGUAUUCUACUACAUCUACCUCCCUGAGACUGCCGGCCGUACUCUGGUUGAGAUCGACGAGCUCUACGAGUUGAGAGUUCCUCCCCGCAAGUGGGCCAAGCAUGAGACUUCUGCCGCCUCAAAGCAGGGUGGACUCUCUCAGAAGAUUUUGGAGGAGAAGGUUUAA